AUGGAAGGCGAUUUAUUUAGUAUUAUUUCUCGAGGUGCAAAAUUUGAUAAGCAUCGAUUUGGGAAAGAUAUUGCAUUAUUUAAGCCACAAUCAUCAUCUACUCAAAAUGAAGUCGGACAACAAGAAAAAAACGAUAAUGAUGAUGUAAAGACUUGGGGAAAAAGAAAAAAAAUUACAAGAGAUGGCAUUGAUAUUGAUUCGAGUAUUCGGUUGUUACAAGAGAUUGAUUUCUUUCAGAAUAGUCGACAGGCACUUGAAUCUGUUUUAGUUGGGUUAUGUGAUGAUAAUAAUAAAGUCCACAAAAAAGAUGUGAAUAAAGAAA